AUGUCAGACAAACAGAACAUUGCGCGCGAUCUCCUGAAACGAGCUCACUCCCCCGAUACCACAAGCAGAAUCUUCACCGAGAAAGUAAAGACGCGCCCUCUGCACCUCAAACCCACCGAAUCCUUCACGACCACAGGGCAGCAAGCCCGCCGACUGGCCCGCCAGCAGAAGCUCUCACGGAGGAAGAAGUUGAAGCCGGCCCCCCUAUCUGCGCGCCAAAAACGAAGUCUAUGUCUCUACGAUGUCCCCAAGUUGCAGCAGAAAUACGCCAUCUACGAGCCGCUGCAUAAGAUGUGGAUAGGCUAUAUCCAGGAACUCCUGUGGGAGGACGGUAUCAUGCGGGAGGUUACGCCUGCAGCAGCUGCAAAGCUGUCUAGUGCCGAUUUCCAUGGGGCUGAGGUGGAGGUUGUGAGGAGCAGGUGUGUGGGGAGGGUAGGCACGAAGGGGAUAGUGAUCAGGGACUCGAGGGGCACUUUUGAGGUGGUUACGAAGAGGGACGUGGUGAAGAUGUUGCCAAAGGAGCAUACGAUAUUCAGGUUCUCGGUGCCGAGGCCGGCGAGGAACAGAGAUGUCGACGAGAAGUCUGGCGCGGGAGAUGAGGAACAGGCUGGAGGCGAGGAGGAGGAUCCAGAUAGAGAUCUGGUCUUUGAAUUGCAUGGAGAGGAAUUUCAAUUCCGGGCCGCGGUUCGGGCGAGUAAGAAGUUCAAGUUGCAUUUCCGGAAGGAUCUUUGA